AUGCCCCACGCAGCUUCACCUUCAUCGCCCAAAAUGUUCAGCCGCAUCAAGGAUAAGUUCUCAACCAAGAAGUCCUCCACCGACGAGAAUCACACUCAUCUCAACAUGGGCAACUCAAACUCAAACACCAAGAACAACAACCCCUUCCUGGACGUUCCCGAGGAGGCUCCUCCUGCUUAUGAGUCCUCCCAAAGGACCGCUCCUCUCCUCGAUGUUCCUCAGCGUGGAGCUUCACCGGCUCCUAGCAUGGCAAGCAUCACCAGUGCCGAGGAUAAAUAUGCAUUCCUAUCUACUUUCGAUACCAUCUUUGUCAUCGACGACUCUGGAUCCAUGGCUGGUCGAUCGUGGAGGGAGGUUCGAGAGGCCCUGAGCACUAUCGCCCCGAUCUGUACUUCUCACGACCCUGACGGCAUUGACGUCUACUUCCUGAACCAUCGAUCACCAGCCGCCGGAACUGGAGUUCAGGCACCCGGUGGAUAUUUCCAGAUCCGUGACUCCAACCAGGUCCAACGUCUGUUCGAGUCCGUCCGUCCCCGAGGAGCAACACCAACGGGCUCUCGUCUUCACAGCAUUCUCAAGCCCUACGUCGCCCAUCUCUCCCGUCGUGCGGCCAACCUUGACUCGACCAAGCCGGUCAACAUCAUCGUAAUCACCGACGGAUGCCCCACGGACGACCCAGAGGGCAUCAUCGUUCACCACGCCAGGAAGCUUGAUCAGAUCGAGGCUCCUCCUCAUCAAGUUGGCAUCCAGUUCUUCCAGGUUGGCAACGAGCUUGGUGCUACCAAGGCUCUGCGUGAGCUCGACGAUGACCUUGCUGACCAGGGCAUUCGCGAUAUGGUUGAUACAGCAACCUGGAAUUCCACUACUUCGGACAAUAGUAAGGCUUUGACCGCAGAUGGGAUUCUCAAGGUUGUUCUUGGUGCUGUUGUGCGACGCCUGGAUCGCAAGUCUACGCGUAGCUCUCCUCAGGGUCGUCGUCACUAA